AUGAUUUCUUUAUUAUUUGUGUUUUAAAUUACUACUAUUUUUGGUUGUGAGUUCAAAUAAGAAGACCAUUAUUACAAUUUAACAAAGCUUUAAAGAACUGAACCAUAUAUAGUGAAAGCAUCUGCAGAUUCAAGUUUUUUCAAGAUGGCUUAUUGUAAGUUUAUAAAUAAAAUUAGAGUUUAAUUUUUGUGGAAAUCACCCAAAACAUUGUCAAGGUUAGAGUGGAGCUUAUUAAGCAUUAGAAGUCAUGGGAAUAUUAACUGAUUCUUGUGAAAUAUUGGGAAAACCUGAUAAUUAAUAAAUUUCUCUGAUUGAAAACGGAUUGCAAAUUACUUAUCCAUAAGGAUCUUAAUGCGAAAAUAAUUAGAGAAAAAGUGUGGAUUUCAAGAUUAUAUGCAGUUUAGAAACUGAUUAAAAUUUUGCAUUGAUAUCAGAAGAUAAUUGUCAUACUGCGUAUAAUUGAAUCUAAAAUAAAGUUUUUAAUUGAAAUCUCCAGCAGGAUGUAGAUUGGAAUAUUAAACAUAACCAUUAUUUAUCUAUUAUCUUAGUGGAAUAGGCAUAUUGUUAAUGAUAUUAGGAGCAUGUUUUGGAUAUAGAUAAUUGUAAAAAAAAAAGGAUGGUAAAUCUGAUUAAUAUGUAAAAAGAAAUAAUAAAUCAUUAGGAAAAAUUAAAAAGUGAUCAACAUUAAGAAUAAAUAAAAAAUCCAGAUUAGAGUACUGCUGUUAUUAUUAACCAUGAAGUAGAAUCCUCUUGA